GCAUUUGGCUUGGAGAGAUCAGAUCAACGUUGGAUUAAGAUCUGUGUUUGUCAAGAGCUAUCCUCUUUACUUUCCGGCCGCCUGCGCAGUGUCUGUUGGUUUCCUGGUACUUGGGCAUCGAUUCGAUAGAGCCGAGACUAACAACUGCUCCUGCGCCUUACCCGAGAGCAAUUCUGGUGCUGGUGGUGUCCCCCGCCCUAGGAGAGGUGUUCGCUCACAUCUGCAGUUGCUCAAGUCCCACACAGGACUUUUGUCAAGCUAUCGCAAGGGCGACUACAUCGCCAAGGGAAAUAGUGAUCCUGCCGCCAGGUGCAUCAGUGGCUUCAGCUGAUCACCAGCGUCGCCAUCAUGCUCGCGCAUCGCCUUCCAUGCCUCGCACAUCGUAUUGUCUCGCUGCUCGCGCCGGCCUGGAGGCCAAUGUCUGUGGAGGCGGUGUCAUUUGCAAACGCCAACCCAGCCGCCUCAUUCCCAUCAAUACUGUCAACUCCGACAUCAACAAGCAUUGAUACCACUCUGCCAGCCUCUUCUGCAGAGGCAGCCGCCCAAACAGAGGCGCUUGUCCAGGAACUUACAAAGGAAGCAGUUUUGGAGUCACUACCAGAGCCAGCACCGCUCCCCGUGCCAGAGCAAUUCCGCAAGCCGGACAGAUCUGCCGAGAUGCCUGCAUGGAUGACCUCCCAGGCACCUAUCAUCAGGCAGCCGCUGGCGGGCCUGCGCAUGGAGGACCCUUCGCUGCCGCUGCCGCGAUUCUCCCCGACCAAGCGCAAGAUGCGUCCCGACCCCAUCGAGGUCAUGGCCGGUAUCGAGCGAGUCAAGGCGGAGGCGAACGCGCGAUUUGACGAGUCGGUGGAGAUCGCGUUCAACCUGGGUACGGACCCUCGGCGGGGGGACCAGCAGGUGCGGGGGGCCGUAACGGUCCCCUACGGAACCGGCAAAUCCGUGCGCAUUGGCGUCUUCGCCGAGGACGAAGCCGCCGAGCUGGCGCGCUUGGCAGGUGCGGAGGUGGUGGGAGGGGAGGAUCUGGUCGCGAAGAUCCAGGCGGAGGGCGGCGGCAGCAGUAUCCCCUUUGACAAAUGCAUCGCAACGCCCGACAUGAUGCCCAAGCUCGCCCGUAUCGCUCGCAUCCUCGGCCCGCGCGGCCUCAUGCCCAACCCCAAACUCGGCACCCUUGUGUCCCCCGGCGCCAUCAAGGACACCAUCGAGACCAUGAAGGCCGGCCGCGUUGAGUACAGGGCUGACAGGACGGGCGUGCUGCAUGCUGCGUUCGGCAAGUGCUCCUUCCCCAAGGACCACCUGUACGCCAACCUGGGCGCUCUCACUGCAGCUGUACUGGCCGCCCGUCCCAAGGGCAUCAAGGGCGGAGGCAUGACUGGGUACGUCUUGAAGGCGACGCUGUCAUCCACGAUGGGCCGCGCAGUGCCAGUCACGCUGCCCUCCCUGCAGCAGGCCAUCUCAGCCCACCAAUCCAAGCGCUGA